AUGGAAGCCUAUGCUCGUGCUUUCAUGUCCCUUUCCACUGGUUCACGUCACGAUUUGAUGCGUAGAAUUCAAGUGCUUGCUGGAGGGACAGGUUUGGAGCAGCUUUUCACUCAUUUCUCUGCCCCUCUGAAGAGUUUCGAGGACUGUCUGAAGGCUGGGCAAAGUGCAGCUUUCACCUCGAUGGAGACGAAUUGGGCAAUUGGUCACUGGAGACCUGGCGAUGGAUUCUGUGCUAGAACAAAAGCAGUGCUCACUAACGUGUUUCAGGCUGAAAUUCCUCCCACUGUUCAGCAUUAUUUCGGGAUCACUCAUAGACCCCACUGGACCUGCGCAUCGGGCCAUUCACAAACUGCGCCAGCAAUUACAGUCCCUGAGGCGAUUGUUUAUGGGCCAGAUCUCGUUCAUCUCAACCACGUGCAUCCUGAACAGGAAAGCCCGACCCUCGAGCAGUUGCUGACAUUCAUGGUACCUCGCCGAAGCGGCAAGAGUGUACCUUUGCAUCGGUCACCAAAUCUUACCUGUGCACGCUCAAGCUGCAAACUGCCCUCUUCUGUUACAUCAGUCACGACGCAUUACCCUCUCUUCCUCCGUGUUCGUCCUUUGUACGACAGUGCAACUUCUGCCGAUGUGCAGAUUCCCAGGGAUGUUUCCUGGUCGAGAGAAAUGCGGAUCCAAGAUAUUGAAUAUCAGCUUGUGGCGGUGGUGAAGUUCAUUCCGGGCGUCGACGGAAAUCUGGGACAUUACACUGCAAAGCUUCGGGUCAAAAACAAGACUUAUCUGUACGACGACACAAAGGAUGGUGGCCGACUGCAUUAUUUAGGGGCCCUUGACGUUCUGGAACAGCAUGAUGAUCAGGUUUCCUACCUGCUGUUCACACGUCAAACGAAAUCAUUUCUCCGAACUUGGAAUCUCGAAGAACUCGAACAUAACAGCCAAUUGAUCCGAAUUCCAAGCCCUGUUCCUGUGAUGGUCAUUCCUGACACACCCGACGCUCCACCGCAUGCUGAGCUCGAUGCAAAAGGAGAGGAUUACCCCGAACCUCCGUCCAAGAUUUCUGCUAUGUCUCUCAGUCCUCCUCGACUAAAGUCGCCCUCUCCUGAUCUCUCACAAAAUUCAUCAAUUCCCGAGUCCGAGGUCACAAUGGACUUGCACUGUGAAGGAUGCCAGACGAAGAUGGCCGACACACGGGGCAAUGAGCCUCACGUGCAUACCCAACCCUAG